AACGUCAACACAAUUGAUGUCAAUGACAUGUUUGUGAAUAUUUGUUUAAUAAAAAUAAUACAAAAAUAAAUUAAUUCUAAUAUAUAAUGAGUUACAUGAGUGAUCUGUCGCAAUCUAAUGAAUAUCUAAGCUUUAGAAGUAGUAUUCCAUUGCGGAAAAUAGUCGUCGAUUCAGAUGGUUCCAAGGCCUGGCGUAUAUUUGAUAGCGGACCAAAAUCAGUUCGCUGUCCUUUAAUAUGUUUGCCACCAGUUUCUGGAACUGCCGACGUGUUUUUUAUGCAAGUGAUGGGCUUGGCCUCGAGAGGCGUUCGCGUGAUAGCAGCCGAACCUCCACCAUACUGGAAUAUGAAAGAAUGGAUUGAUGGUUUUAAACGUCUCAUUGAUUAUUUGGAACUAGACAGGGUACACAUUUAUGGAGCCUCACUAGGAGGAUUCAUGGCUCAGAAAUUUGCUGAGCUUACAAGAAACUGUCCAAGGGUAGCUUCAUUGGUUCUAUGUAAUACAUUUACAGACACUUCAGUGUUUGAAUACAAUGAUUCAUCUGCACUUUUCUGGUUACUUCCAUCUUUAGUGCUGAAAAGAAUGUUAAUGGGAAAUUUUACAACUGAUAAAGUUGAUAAGAGGAUAGCUGAAUCUAUUGAUUUCAUGGUAGAAAGGCUCGAGUCACUCAACCAAUCUGAACUGGCAUCAAGACUAACUCUCAAUUGCAGUCCGUGCUACAUUCAACCUCAUAUUUUGAAUGAUAUGCCAAUAACAAUAAUGGAUGUAUGGGAUGAAAGUGCAUUAAGUUCAAGAGUUAGAGAAGAUCUAUACAAAUCAUAUCCACAAGCUAAACUGGCUCAUUUAAAAAGUGGGGGCAAUUUUCCAUAUCUAAGCAGAAGUGAUGAAGUUAAUUUACAUUUGUUGAUACAUUUACGUCAAUUUGAUGGCACGGAAUUAUCAUCAUCUUAUCUAAGUCUUGUACCGCAACCAAAGUCUGGCAACAAUUCUGAACAGGCUUCCGUCAGCUAUUUCAACCAGAGGGAUAAGUUUGUUAAAAUAUCGUGAAACGGAAAAUUAUUCUUUAUAUCAUUGGAAAUCAGGUUGUUUUUA